CCUCAAUCCUCUGCACUUUCCACAUCGAGUCCUGCUCCGCCGCUGCUGGCGGCUGUCCAGUCGGCGACCGGAGGGCGGAGGUCCAACCCAUCGAUGUGUCCGGCAGAUGACAGCGUGCGUGGCUAUACCCACAACAGAGGCCACGCCGCCCCAGUGUUUUCCCAGAGGCAGGAAGGCCGGCGUUGGAGUUGGCCCUCACCGUUGCUGCUGCUCAUUCCAUCCAAGUCAAGCGGAUACCAGACACAUUUGUGUCAUUUGAAAGUUAUCUGGAUUCAUUUGCUGGCCCACUGAUUGAAGAAGUACAUGCUGAUAUUUUCUCAUCACUGGAUGGUUAUGCACAGGCAAACUUUACACAAAUAAUCAAGAUGGAGAAGCUUGAUGGCAAAAAAUUUGAGAAUCCAGUAUUCAGUUUUCAGAUUGCAGAGCCCGUGAAGGAUGAGAAGUCAAGGGAGACAUAUGAACCCACAGAAUGUGAUAUAAUAGUCCUGUCCCCACAAAAACCAAAGCAUGUGUCUGAUCUGACACAGAACAAGUCAUCAUAUGUGUUAGGUUUGGUUCUCAAAAGUGGAGAAGAAGAUGAUUUCCCGCUUAAUUGUUGCAUUGUUCAAUUGUCAUCUGCCACUCCCAUUGAGGUAGAUGCGGAAAUGAAAACUCCUAAAGGACCACUGUUUGCUGUGUAUAUUAUGAAUAUGACGACAUACAAUCGUAUGUGGAAAUGCCUUCAUCUGGUAGAAAAUGACGCUAAUUCUCUUGGGCUUCGGAACAAAAAGAGUACUGAGCUUGUCGAUAAGGUGUGGCAAUACAACCCAAAGGCAGUGGAAGAUGGUAGCUCCUCAUGCUCCCAGUUAUCUCAAGUUGCCCAUAGAUCAACUGAUGGCCUUGGCCUUGAGAAGUUCAAUCUCAAUGAUUCACAACUAAAUGCAGUAGCAGACUGUGUCUCAUCCAUGGAUGACCACUCUUCUUCCAUAAAGCUAUUAUGGGGCCCCCCUGGGACUGGUAAAACAAAAACUAUCAGCACUAUCUUGUGGGCGAUGCUGAUAAAGGACCGAAAGACACUUGCCUGUGCACCUACCAAUACCGCUGUGCUGGAGGUUGCGGCUCGAAUUGUCAAGCUUGUUGGCAAAUCUGCUGAUGGCAGCCUCUGCUUCCUAAACGACAUUAUUCUGUUUGGAAACAGAAAUAAUAUGAAGGUGGAUGACGAAAGUGAUCUUUCAUCAGUAUUUCUUGACUCUCGUGCUGAGCGCUUAUUGCCGUGUUUUGUGCCGAACUCAGGCUGGAGGCAUUGCCUGUGCUCACUUAUAGAUCUUAUUGAGAAUCAGGUGACCAUGUACCAGUUGUACAGUGAGGGUAAAACUCUAAGCCAAUAUUUGAAGGAUGAGUACAACAAACAUUCUAGGAAGUUACGUGGUUGCAUUGAGAUACUGUACAAUGAUCAUCCUAGAAAUGCAGAAACAGGACGGAGCUUUCAAUGUAUGUCGGAGGUGCUUGAAUUGAUCAAUAUUAUCCAUGAUUUGAUAAAUGAUGAUAAGGAUGAUGGCCAUGAUAUAUGGUCAGAUGAACUACUGGAAAUAAAGAUAGAAGACAAUGGGGACCCUUUGCUCUGGCCUGAGCAACUAGCCUGCAUACAGAAUACUUCAUGCAAGAAAUUGAAGUUUAGGCUGGCAAGAUCUUUGUGUGUGCAAGAAUUAAGUUAUCUCCGCACAAAUUUGGAGCUUCCGAAUUGUUAUAAUACAAGAGCUGUUCAGCAAUACCUACUGCUAAGAGCUAAAUGCAUUCUCUGUACUGUUUCAAGCUCGUUCAGGUUGUACAAUGUCCCUAUGGGUGACACAAAUUCUCUGGAGCUGCUGAUUGUCGAUGAGGCUGCACAGCUCAAAGAGUGUGAGACCUUAAUCCCUUUGCAGCUACCUGGCAUAAGGCAAGCACUUCUGAUUGGGGAUGAAUACCAACUUCCCGCCUUUGUGAAAAGCACUAUAUCUGAAAGUGCUAGCUUCGGGAGAAGUGUUUUUCAGAGGCUAAGUUCUUUGGGCUUCAGUAAGCACCUUCUUAAUGUACAGUACCGGAUGCAUCCUGAUAUAAGCAAUUUUCCAGUUGCUACAUUUUACGAUGGGAAGGUAUCUGAUGGCCCCAAUGUCAGUCAUAAGGACUAUAACAAGAGGUUUCUAAGUGGAAAUUUGUUUGGACCAUAUUCAUUUAUCAAUGUAGAAGGUGGACAUGAAACAACUGAGAAGCAUGGUCGAAGCCUGAAAAACACAAUAGAAGUUGCUGCAGUUGUGCGGAUGGUGCAAAGAUUGUUCAAAGAGGCAGUUUCCAAAGGAAGCAAGGUGUCUGUUGGUGUUGUAUCCCCAUACAAUGCUCAAGUUAGAGCUAUCCAGGAAAAGCUUGGAAAAUCAUAUACUAUGUAUAAUGGUUUCUCUGUGAAUGUAAAAUCUGUGGAUGGUUUCCAAGGUGCAGAGGAAGAUAUCAUUAUCAUAUCAACAGUAAGGAGCAAUGGAGCUGGUGCAGUUGGCUUUCUCACAAACUUACAGAGGACUAACGUGGCUCUGACAAGGGCAAAGCAUUGCUUAUGGAUAGUGGGUAACGGGACAACUUUGUCCAGCAACAAUACUGUUUGGCAGAAGAUGAUCAAGAAUGCGCGUGAUCGAGGACUCUUCUUUGACGUCAAUGAUGACAAAGAUUUGUCAAAUGCAGUAGCCAAAGCUGUUAUUGAGCUCGAUGAUGCUGAGAAUUCAGUGAAUAUGGAAUCAAUGCAUAUAAGUAGGCCGAGGUUCCAGAAAACCAGGCUAAAAUACCGUCCAUGAGAGAUCUGGAGCUCCAAGGUGCAAUAUCUUCUGCAUGCUACUUGGAUUUGUUAUACGGACUAAGAUGAAUUUUCAUUUAUGAUGUGUGGGAAGCACAAUACUUUGUUGGAGCUUGAUGAGCAUGUUUGUCCAAACCCUUAAUAGACUGUCGGUCUUUAUCAUAGUCAAUGUAAUUGUAUGGUAUGGUAUGGUAUGGUAUGGUAUGGUAUGGUACUGUAUGACCAGGUUACUUGGUUGGAUCCUGAUGGUAAUCUUAACAUCGCACAGUAAUUUAGUUGGGCUGGGUUGCAAUAGAAUCCGCUAUGUUUCUUCGUGAAUGGUAGUAAUGACAAGUCUAGAUAACAUGUGCAGUGCAGGGA